UCGGGGUUUCUCGCUUUGUAUCGCGGUGGUAAAGUGCAAGCUGGAGUCGUGGGCUUGUACUGUAACGUGUUGUUUCUGUGGGGAUCUGGUUGCAGCUGCAGUCUGGUUUAGAGGACUACAGAGAAGCUACAGAGAGGGGAAGCAAGCACCGAGCACAAGGCCUGCGGAGACUUCACUGUUUUAUCAUCAACCCUGCGACUUCCUGCAAGACACCUUUCUGUGUCUCUGCACACAAGGUUGUGAUCUCCUCGAGCACACGUGAGAAUAAUACUGCUAGCUGAAGAGACUCCUCGCCCAGUCUCUAAGAAAAUGACACCAGGUUACCAGUGAGGAAUGGUGGAUCAGUCGGCAGGAUGAAUUAGCGAUGUUAUAAACUUACUAUUCCAGAUUGGGGUAAACUGUGAAUAUGCGUUGCCUGGCAGCUCGCGUGAACUAUAAGACUCUGAUCAUCAUCUGCGCCAUCUUCACACUCGUGACUGUGCUGCUGUGGAACAAGUGCUCCAGUGACACAGCCAACCGCUUCCCACGAGACCAGAGCCUGCUGGAUAACAGGCUGUGGAGGGAGGGUUUAGAGAAGAGGACAGCUGCCUCGGAGAGCAACAGCCAUGCAAACAACCUCCCCGCGCCAAAGCAGCAGUCGGAGGAAGCUUCGCCCCAGGAACAGCAGAAGGCUCCCCCGGUGGUGGGAGUGGGGAACAGCAACGUUAACAAAGUGCUUGGAAUCAAAUAUGAAGAGAUAGACUGCCUAAUUAACGACGAGAAUACGAUCAAGGGAAGAAGGGAGGGAAACGAGGUCUAUCUUCCUUUCAGCUGGGCCGAGAAGUAUUUCGAAGUGUACGGAAAGAUCGCCCAGUACGACGGCUACGAGAGGUUUGAGUUCUCUCACAGCUACUCCAGAGUCUACGCCCAGCGGGAGCCCUACCACCGGGAUGGGGUGUUCAUGUCCUUCGAGGGGUACAACGUGGAGGUUCGGGACAGAGUGAAGUGCAUCAGUGGAGUGGAAGGAGUUCCUCUGUCCACACAGUGGGGGCCUCAAGGCUACUUCUACCCAAUCCAGAUCGCACAGUAUGGGCUGAGUCACUACAGCAAGAACCUGACGGAGAAGCCCCCGCACAUCGAAGUGUACGAGAGCGCGGAGGACAGCAGGCAGCAGAGCGGCUGGACCGCUCCCAGGGGAUGCACCGUCUCUUCAGUGCAUGACAAAACCAGGUCCAGCACCGUCAAGCACUUCAGUGCACCAGAAGCUUCAGAUGGAGUCUGGCUGCCCCUUGGGAACACAAAAGAUUUCAUCAUCUCGUUCGACCUCCGAUUCGUGACGAACGGAAGCGUUUCCGUGGUCCUCGAGACGACCGAGAAGAACCAGCAGUUUGUUGUCCACUACGUCUCCAACACGCAGCUCAUAGCUUUCAAAGACAGGGACAUCUACUAUGGCAUCGGGGCCAGGACUAGCUGGAGUACUGUCACCAGAGACCUGGUGACAGACCUAAAGAAAGGAGUCGGGCUUUCCAACACCAAGGCUGUCAAGCAGACUAAAAUCACGCCCAAGCGGGUGGUUAAGAUCGUGCUGAAAGGGAAAGGCUUCAUCGAUAACAUCACCAUAUCCACGACCGCCCACAUGGCCGCCUUCUUCGCCGCCAGCGAUUGGCUGGUGAGGAACCAGGACGACCAAGGGGGCUGGCCCAUCAUGGUGACGCGGAAACUCGGGGAGGGCUUCAAGUCGCUGGACCCCGGCUGGUAUUCCGCCAUGGCGCAGGGACAGGCCAUGUCCACGCUGGUUAGAGCCUACUUGCUUACUAAAGAUCCGGUGUACCUCAGUGCCGCUCUCAAGGCAACAGCACCCUACAAACGGCCGUCUGGGCAGCAUGGCGUCAAGGCCGUGUUCAUGAACAAGUAUGACUGGUACGAGGAGUACCCCACCACCCCGAGCUCUUUCGUUUUAAAUGGCUUCAUUUACUCUUUGAUAGGCCUCUACGACCUGAAAGAGACUGCAGGGGAGCCGCUGGGGAGGGAGGCUCAAGUGCUGUACAGCCGGGGCUUGGAGUCCCUCAAAGCCAUGCUGCCGCUGUACGACACGGGCUCCGGCACCAUCUACGACCUUCGGCACUUCAUGCUGGGGACGGCGCCCAACCUGGCGCGCUGGGACUAUCACACCACGCACAUCAACCAGUUGCAGCUGCUGGGCACUGUGGAGGACUCUCCUCUCUUCAAAGACUUUGUCAAGCGCUGGAAGAGCUACAUGAAAGGAGGCAGGGCAAAGCACAACUAGAGCUUUCAACCACAACCCAAGGAGUUUCACUCAUUCAGGCUGCACUGGAUCGGCUACUCCGCUGUUGUGUCCAAUGAACACGCAAAGCCAUUUGAAACUUGUAUACGGAGUUGCUAUUGUUGCUGGCUGUGUGUGUUUGGUUGUUUUUUUUUUUUUUUUUUUUCAGCUAUUCAAAGAGAAUACUGUGUUGGUACCUAUCGAUUUAAGAUUUAGUAACACAUACACACAUACUUGCAUUUAAAUAUAAAUGUCUGUUCCACGUUUUUAAAUGUUUUCUUUUUCCUUGAAUCUCUGUGCUGCGUGUGCAGGCUGUGGUAGAUAUCCACCUCCCUUGAUUUGUGAAUGGGGCAGUGCCGUUGAGUUUGGCUCGUCCUUCUACCCUUGUUUGUGUGGGCGUUUCCUGUUUUAACAGCUGCUCCAGCUUGGGUUCAGGUCUGACCUGCACCAUGUCAAUCAGAAUCGAGCAGGCUUUUCCAGUGAGCCUCCGUUUCAUUUUAGCACCUGCCUCAAAAAAAAUAACAAAGUUAAAAGGAUGUACAGUAGUGCAAAUACGUGUGUUGAUCUUCACUCUGCAAGAGCAUUAAAAAAAAAAUCGACAAACUGUUGGUGACGGGUAGAGAUAUUUAGUAGUUUAUAUCGUAUUUUUUUUUUAGAUUUUAAAAAUAUAUUCCACAUUUAAAACAUGUAUAUUAAAAGGAAAUAUAUAUUUUGUUAGAGGGAAAUCCUGUAGGAUGCUGCAUUGUGAUUUUGAUGUACAGGUUUAAAAUACAAUGGAAAAUACCUUUUUCAGACACGUUCGCUUUGGUACCUGCCAUUUGGCAGAGUUGUGUAUUAAUUAUUAAACCUUUUAGUAAUGAUUCAAUUGCAGAAGUGUGCUGUUGUAAACCAGAAAACCAUGACCCAAUUUCAUGCAUUAUAAUUGUGGGGUUUCUAAAGGGACUGUAAACGUGGAGAAGAGCCUUAUCGGGUUAUUCUGAUCUUUUGAAAUUUGAAAUCUACAAAACUCAAUCAGCACGUGGGUUAAUCACGAUUUCUUUUUGGAAAUAGACUUGCACAGUCCCUCGCUGGCUGUGCUCUAGAAAUUUACUCAGUUUGUUACAGAAGCACAAAGUUACCACUUCCACAAGACCAUAGUAAGAGGCAGUGAUGGUGAAGUUUUAGUUUAAAUUUAAGUUUCCAGACCUAAUCCAUGCAGUUUAAUUCCUAAUAACUGCACCUGCCAUUAAUGUGUCAUUUUAUCUCAUUUACAGUCAAAUAUAGAAAGGAUAAUUAUAUCAUAUGUCCUGGUGCUUAUCCUGCUUAUUAAACAUAAAUUAGCGUACAAUCAUAAGUGAGGUAGAAGGAUCCAUGUGCCUCCACAAUAUUACAGCCUGUGUAUUUGUAAGGUGCACUCCUUGAACAAACUGACUGGUGCAGUUCCUGAGUCAUCGUUUAUAUACUGUAUAAAACUAAACACAACACAUUGUAUGUUGUAGAAACACAGUCCUUCACAAAUUUCACCUCUUUGUAUUGUGACUAUAAACUAAACUAUUUCAGGACAAGUCAAAUGAAAAAGCAAAAAAGUUUUUUGAAUGUUACCAUAAGGUGUGGGUGUGGCUUUUUUUUUGUGGAUUGUAUUUAAAUGUCAUUACAAUGCUACCAACAGCCGAGUAACCUCCUGUUUUAGAAUGCAACCCUGAAGCUGGCAAUGGGUCUACAUCAGAACCAUUGGGGACAUUUUAGUUUGUUUGUUUGUUUUGUGUUGUGUGCAUCUGUGCUACAUUUAUGUCAUGCAAAAGGCUAAAUGAAAAAUAACUAUCGCACUACUUUUUUUUUUAUGGUGUCCAUUAACAGUGGUGAAGGACAUGCUCGUUAUUAUGGGAAGCAGUAAACCCGCUUAACCAUAGUAUAGGUAUUUCUGCAUUAGUCGACCUCUAUUGAACCAGUCCUGCCCAGUGGUGCAACUCGUGCUUUGUCACCUCGUUCUGUAUUGGCCUUAUCUAUCAAAGCUGUUUUGCAUCUUCCUUUUUUUUUUUUUUUUUUUUUUUUUAAAUCAUGCUGUUGCAUGCAAAGCCAGCAAGAAUCAGCUUAUUUGUCCUUUUUAAAUGUAAUUUUUUUUUUUUUUUCCCAUUUGCAAAAAUGGAGCUGGCUGUGAAAGCAUGUUGAGUCAAGUACACAAAACCUGUCGCACUUGCUUUUCAGAGCUUGUCGGGCAACCGUUAACGGCAAGACCCCGUGGCCAGAUCUCUCGAUCUCUUUCUGGAGGGCUUAAAAUGGUUGGGUUGGUGCAUAAAAAUGUUUCUUUUGCUUUUGGCCUAAUGUGUUGUCCAUUUGAUAACACAAUAUUAGGGUCUAUGCUUAUGAAUAUAUAUAUAUAUAUAUAUAUAUAUAAACUCUUUUUUUUUUUUUUCUUUCUGAUGUUUAAACUGGGUCUCUCCAGGUUCACAUUCAUCAGUGUACUACAGACCUUUCUCAGGGCUAAUGUACGCGAGGAGUAGGUAACCCAUCAAAUAGCAGGUUACUUUUAUCAGUUCGGGUUGUGCGUCUUCACACCGGUUAAAUCAGCGUGGGUUUGGUUUAUAUGCUUGGAAACCCUGACUGUCCGGAAACAAAAUAAACACUCACUGCCUACACCUUGGCUCCACACGUUGGGAGACAUUUGUCAAAAAAAAAAAAUGCUUUUCUCAAAUAGCUAUGCAUAAAGUCAUUUUUGUAUUCUUGCUUGCUUCAAAUGAUUACACAACAGUAGAUACGUACAUGAAAAGUGUGUGUACAGAGCUUGUGUGCUGUUAAUACCAAAGUGUUCAAAGCCCAGAUUUCUCUUUAUUUUAAAUAGAUACUGUACUGUACUGCUGAAAGUGAUUGUAUGCUGUUACAUUUACUGUCUGUGCUGACACAUUUCCAGUGGCCUCAUUGUGUGUUCCGUGUACUAGGCAGCUUUGUAAUGCAGUUUUAAUCAUGUGGCUGCAGAUGUAUUCAUGAGGAAUAACUUUUACAAUUUUUACCAACCCUCUGCCACAUAAAUCACCUGCCUUUGCAAAGAAAUACAUGUAUAAAGCGAAUAGGACUGUGCCACUGAUUUGGCCACUUGAUCAUUUCAUCACGAGCUAUACAACUCCAUCUUUUCAUUAAUGAACGCUGGCAACAGUCUCUAAGCGCUAUUGAAAUUGUUUAAGGGGGUUAUAUUUAAAAGAAUGCUCCGAUUUGUUCAUCGUUCCACAUUCUGAACACAUUUGCUUCCUGCAAGCUGUCUGUAGGUUUAGGCAGCACUCAAGCACAAUGGUAGAGCCUUGUGUUGGUGUUCUUCUUUAUGUUCUGGACAAUGUGCAAGACUUUCCCUACAAGCUGCUAUUCUCAUUCAGAUUGUAAUGGUGUUUCUCCCCCCCAACAUGUACAUGUGGAGCUUAAAAUCACAUGUAAUGUAUGCAAUAAAAUGUUUACUGGAUUCCCUCCUAUAGGGGUGUCCUGUAAGGUUGUACAGACUUUGCAAUUUAAGCACAAUGUGCACACUUAACUGUUUUUUUUAUGCAGAAAGUGUUUAUAUAAAAAGUUUAAGUAAAUCUUUGUGGUUUAAAUUGCUUUCCAAAAGUUGUAAAAUAAAUUUAAAAAAAUCUUAA